AUGGCAUCUGCCAGAGGGGACCAGCUGGGAAUCCAACAGCUGUGCACCAACGAGUCAUGGUGGCGUGUGCCACACCUGGUUAAACUGAACCUGUUGCUUUUUGUGCCGUUCUUGAGCAGCUAUGUCGGUGGCUUCGACGGAAGCAUGCUCAACGGGGUCCAGACUCUCACACACUGGAAGGAAUACUUCGACCAUCCAUCAGGGUCCAUCCUGAGUCUCAUGGUUAACAUGCAGGUCAUUGGUGGUGCAGUUUCUCUGCCUCUCGCUCCCUUCGCCGCGGAUAAGUUCGGACGACGACACCCCAUCCUUGCGGGAUCUAUUAUCAUCAUUGGCGGUGCAUUGCUGCAAGGAUGUGCUCAGAAUAUGGGCAUGUUCCUAGCUGGGCGGUUCUUCAUCGGUCUGGGCGGGGGAUUCGUCGCAACCGCUGCCCCGCCACUUCUUGGAGAGCUGGCGUACCCGACCCAUCGAGCCUUCAUCACGGCUGUCUACAACACCACCUGGUAUGUGGGAGCCAUCGUCGCCGCUUGGUCGACAUAUGGUUCAUUUAAGAUAGCAAACAAUUGGAGCUGGCGAAUUCCGUCCCUCUUGCAGGCCACCGUGUCUAUUAUACAGAUCAUCUUUAUCUAUUUCGUGCCAGAGAGCCCCAGGUGGCUUAUUGCCAACAACCAGACGACGCAGGCUACCAAGAUCCUUAGCAAAUAUCACACGGGUUCAGAGGAGCCGAAUGAGCUUGUACGGCUCCAGGUCGCCGAGAUUACUGCUGCCAUCGAGUUUGAGCGCACAUGCAAUUCAGUCUCUUACCUACAGUUCUUUCAGACAAAGGGAAACCGUCAUCGGCUGUUCAUCGUUGUCGCGAUUGGCUUCAUCAUUCAGUGGUGCGGGAACCAGCUGAUCUCCUCAUAUCUCGCCCUUGUGCUUAUCGACACCGGCAUUACCAACCCCGAAACACAAAAUCUUAUCAAUGGCGGCCUGCAGAUCUACAAUUGGGUCAUCGCCUGUACCUGCUCCACCCUUCUCGACCGCCUCGGCAGACGAUUCCUUCUGUUGAGUUCGAACAUCGGCAUGUUAAUCGCCUUCACCAUCUGGACUAUCCUCGCGGCACGGAACCAACAAACCGAAGACGCCCAUCAAGGGCUUGCUAUCGGCGUCUUGGUGAUGAUAUUCGUCUUCAUGUUUUUCUAUAACCUCGCUAUGAACCCCGUGCCAAUCGCCUAUAUCCUCGAGGUACUACCAUAUACACUCCGCACAAAGGGUCUUACUGCGUUUAACUUGGCGCAAUACUGCAGCGGCAUCUUCAACGGCUUCGUUAACCCGGUCGCACUGGACGCGCUGAGAUGGCGGUACUAUAUAGUGUUUGUCUGCGCCCUGGUGUUAUGGCUGAUUGUUAUCUACUUCACUUUCCCCGAAACUCGUGGCUUGACACUGGAGGAGGUCAGUCAGAUAUUUGAUGGGAGAGAAGCUCUACAUAGAACGUAUGACAUCAAGACCGAGGGGCUUGAUGAGGCAGAGCAUACGGAGAAGGUAACCUCCGAUCAUAAGGCGUGA